UGGUGUCUUCUGUGGAAGAAUAAAGCGACAUUCUAAGUUAGUAACUAUCAGACCUUAUUUUAAAGGAAAAAUAACGGCGCUAUUAUAUCACGCACAGGACAUAAUGACAACGGGUGCCGAUGUGAGAGACAUACUGGAGUUGGCUGGAGUCGACAAUGAAGCAGGGCCAAUCAGCAAGAAGGACAUUAUAAACUCAGACAAGAAAAAAGUCAAGAAACCAGCAGAAACGCUGACAUUCAAGAGACCCGAGGGAAUGCACAGGGAAGUCUAUGCCCUGCUCUAUUCAGAUAAAAAAGAUGCCCCACCAUUGCUACCCAGUGACACAACCCAGGGCUACCGGACAGUCAAGGCCAAACUGGGGUGCAAGAGAGUUCGCCCUUGGAAGUGGAUGCCUUUCACCAAUCCUGCUAGGAGGGAUGGGGCCAUAUUUCAUCAUUGGAGGCGCAUGGCCGAGGAGGGCAAGGACUAUCCCUUUGCUCGAUUUAACAAGAUGGUGCAAGUGCCUAUGUACUCUGAGCAGGAGUAUCAGAUGUAUCUUCAUGAUGAUGGAUGGACCAAAACUGAGACUGAUCACCUCUUUGACCUCUGCAAACGCUUUGAUCUCCGGUUCAUCGUCAUCCAUGACCGUUAUGACCACCAGCAGUUCAGGAAACGCUCAGUGGAAGAUCUGAAGGAGCGCUACUACAACAUUUGUGCAAAGCUUGCCAAGAUCCGUGCAGCUACCGGGAGUGAGCCCAAGAUCUAUGUGUUUGAUGCUGGUCAUGAAAGGCGCAGAAAAGAGCAGCUGGAGAGGCUGUUCAACCGCACCCCAGAACAAGUGGCAGAAGAGGAAUACCUUAUCCAAGAGCUGCGCAAGAUAGAGAUUAGAAAGAAAGAGCGGGAGAAGAAGGUCCAGGACCUGCAGAAGCUGAUUACAGCUGCUGACACCACCACAGAAAUGCGGCGUGCUGAGCGCAAAACCACCAAGAAAAAGCUUCCCCAGAAACGAGAAACUGAAAAACUGGCAGUUCCUGAAACUGCAGGCAUCAAGUUCCCUGACUUCAAAUCUGCUGGUGUCACAUUACGUAGUCAAAGGAUGAAACUCCCCAGCUCAGUUGGACAGAAGAAGAUAAAAGCCAUUGAACAGAUCCUGACAGAGCAUGGAGUGGAUCUGAACCCGAUGCCAACAGAGGAGAUAGUGCAGAUGUUCAAUGAGCUGCGCAGUGACCUGGUGCUGGUGUAUGAGCUCAAGCAGGCUCAUGGGAAUUGCGAAUAUGAGCAGCAGAUGCUUCGCCACCGCUAUGAGGCACUGCUCAAAACAGGUGGGGCUAGUGCUGGUGUCCUCCUAGGGGAGGGGCUGGGGGCUGAAGGACAAGCUGCACAUGGGACCGAGGAUGUGAAAGGGGAGGCCAAAGAGCACAUCAUUGAUGUGGUGGGUGCGCCACUCACUCCUAACUCACGGAAACGAAGGGAAUCUGCUUCCAGUUCUUCAUCCAUCAAGAAGGUCAAAAAACUGUGAUGCAGAUGAAUAAUUGUUAUAUUAGAUCAGCUGAAGGCUGGUCACUAGGACCCAGCAAUGUGAAGCAUAGGGAAGUUUGUCCAUCCAUCAUUCUUUUGACAAGCCACCAAUGCCAGCUGGUCCCUUAAAUAUCAUUUAAUGCACACAAUCACCCAUCAGCCCUCCCUUGUAGCCACUAGAUGCCACCACCACGGUGCAGACCAUGACUGAUAUUUUAUUCAGUUAUUUGCCUUCCUCCUGCUUGCUUUUGGCUGAACUGAGACUAGGUGAAAGUAAAUUGCCAUGCGAACCAAUUGUGGAAUGGCAAAGGGACUAUAUGGUUUUUUAAUUUAAAUGAAACCAGAUGCAGUGGGUGUGCAGAGAGGAGUAUACCUUUGCAGUUUGGAGCCUGGUGAUAAGCACAUUCUUCAUCCUGCCUCUGAAAUUAUAUUAACAUGGCAAACAUUGACUUUGAUACAUGCUGGCAGCAAUUUAUUCCUCCUGGUUUAUACUACCUAGUCAACUACCUCGCUGCUUCUAAUGUCAGUGAUCCUCCAUGACUUCCAGUUAGACAGGAGCAGUCCAAGAUCUCCACUCUUCAGACAGCAGGGUACCACCAUUUAUCUGCAUCAUAACACCAGUCAUCAAUGACUGCAAUGCCUGACAUUUUAUUUUUUCAAGAUCAGGCUUGUUUUUAUUCCUGUUGGAACAUGUCAUUACACUCUUGCGUGCUUUGCUCACCCCUGCAGAACUACACACUUAUGUCCACACACAUACACUGAAUAAAUAUGGUUAAGCGCUUUCUGUUAUGAAGAAUAGCCUGGUAACUAUAUGAUGUAUAACAAAUUAUUGCACUCAGUGACCUAUAAACACUAUUCUGU